AUGGCUUCACAAGAGGAAAACCAAGCUCAGCCCUUUGCAGACAUCUUUGAUGAAGAUGAAGCUGAACAAUCCUUUCUGUUGUCCAAGCCCACUUGCUUCGUUAUCUUUGGAAAGCCAGGCUCUGGAAAGAAAACUUUAGCUAGAAAACUAGCAGAGAGAUGGAAAUGCAUUUUAAUAGAAGCUUCAGAAGUCAUUCAAACAAAUAUUCAUGAAGAAACAGAAUAUGGACUUAAGUGUCAAGAAUUACUUCUUAAAGGUCAAAGUAUUUCUGAGGAACUGGUCACAGAAAUGAUUCUGCAAAAGAUUGAAUCACCAGGAGUUGCUCAUUUUGGUUAUGUUCUCAGUGGAUUUCCUUCUCUCUCAGAGGAAUACAUGACUGUUUCACAGCAAAUAGAGAAAAUAAAGAAUCUAAAAUUGAAACCAGAUUUCCUCGUUAACAUUAAGUGUCCAGAUUAUGACUUGUGUGAAAGAAUAUCAGGACUAAGGCAAGAUCCUGGUUCAGGGCAGGUAUAUCAGAGGAGCCGGUGGGAUUCUGAAGUAAUUGAGAAGCAUAAGACAGAGGAAGAUCAGCCUGAAGAAGAGAGUGAAGAAGAAGACGAAGAGCAGGAAGAAGAAGAGACUGAAGAAGAUCCACUUAGGACGUCAGAAUCUUUUGAUCAGUUAGUGCAGAGGCCUGAAGAUAUACUUGAAAAUGCAGUGGAAAGAGUUGGAACAUAUAAGAAUAUAAUGCUUCAUCCUUUAGAAGAAUUAAUGACUGAACAGGACUGUCGAUAUCUUAUUGAAGUGGAUGGAAAUCAGCAACCAGAUGAUGUCUUUGAGUCAGUGGUAGUUCGGCUUCAAUAUCGGGAUGUUCAAAAUGCAGCUCCUGUAACUAGACUUCAAAGUCAGCAAGAAGAAAUGCUGGAGGACCCAACAAAUGAUAAACUUUUCCGGGUCCUGUCAUCUUGCAAUCCCAUAGCUCCCAGGUACCGAUGGCGUAGAAGCAGGUGGGGAAAAGCAUGUCCUGUGGCUCUGAAGGAAGGUGACAUUGUCAUGGGAAACCCAGACUUGGCUGUCAGUUUUCUAGGUAAAAUGUAUGUACUGUCAUCCCCAGAGGCACUGAAAACAUUUAUGCUGAAUCCACGGCCUUACCUCUUACCACCAAUGCCACUUCCUCCUUGCAAAGUACUAGUGUUUGGUCCUCCAUUCUCUGGAAGAACAACUCUUUGCAACCUAAUUGCACACAAGUAUAAAGGAAAGGUUCUUGAUAUGGCCAAACUCAUUGAACUCCAUUUAGAAGAAUCAAGAGAGAAAAACAUUGAGGAAGUGCAAAGGGAUGCAUUAGAAAAAGCUAUAACAGCAGUGAAAAAUAGAUUGGAAUUAGAAGAACAGUCAACAGAAUCAGGUGAAUAAACUCUGAGCUGAAUGAAAGUAGAAAUUGGUUCUGACCAAUACUGGCUGAAAACUUUCCAUUUGAAUGACUUUCAAAGGUUAGGUUUUAAAAAGUCUGUAUUGCUAGGAAUGUCAGAGGUAACUGCUGACCACCCAGAAGUUCAGGCAAUGGUAGAAGAAGCCAUAAAAAGUGCCUCAGUCUCUGAAGGUACCCCUGAAACAUAUGCUGAAGUACUGGGGAGAGCCAUUGCAGAGCUUAUGAAGAAGAACAAAGACAGGUUUCCUGGUGCUCCAGAAAAAGGAGGAUGGGUAGUGGAUAACUACCCUCUGUCAGUAGAUCACUGGUCAGCUUUAUCAGAGAAAGGACUUCUGCCUGACACUGUUGUCUGUCUGAAGAAAGCAGAAAAAGAUGGAUACUUGGCAAAUGGGAAUGAAAAUAAGUCUCAGAUUUUGGGAAUUCUAACAGAUGAAGCAUUAGAAAAGAAAGGAGAAGAAGUAAGAACAGAAAUGCAAGAAACCCUGACAACAGAGGAAAAUCAGUUUCUAGGGGCUGCUGAGGAGAAAGGUGAAAAAAGCACACUACCCACGUUGGCAGAGGAUGAUUUUCCAGAUAUACCAGACAAGGAAACAAUUAAAAGGAAGAUUGAACUUUUCAUGCAUGAUUGGAAAAUGGUGGAAUCAGAAAUCCAGAAGUCACCUCUAGUUCAGGUGGUGGUGUUAGAGAUUGCUGAGCAAACUCCAGAAAGUCUGCUUACUCAAACUGUGCUGGCCAUGGAAGAACCUUUUAAAUAUCACGGUUGGGAAUUAUCUGCUGAAGACUUAGAGGAGGAAGCAGAAGAUCUGAGUGCUGAAAAGGAAGAUGAAGAAGAAGAAGAAGAAGAAGAAGAAGAAGAAAAAGAAGAAGAAGAAGAAGAAGAAGAAGCUCCUCCUUUACGGGUGUGUUUACUUGGGGCUCAUGGAGCAGGUAAAACUACUUGUGCACGACAGAUAGCAGACAAAUUAGGCAUUUUCCAUAUUCAGUUUGAAGAUUAUCUACAGGAACUGAUCCUACCCAAAACUAAAAAGAAAGUUGGGCCCCAUUUGGAUGAAGAACAUGAAGAAGAUGAUGAUAAAAUAGCAAUUCUAUCACAGGAACUGGAAGACUCUUCUCAGAUCAUGACUAAAACUGAGCGUGAAAAAAACAAGCAGGAAGUGGUGUUAACUGAAGAGGAAGAGGCAAUAAAAGCAAAUCUAAUACAUAACAAGGCCCUGCCUCCAGAAGUCCUUGACAACAUUGUUCCUGACUGGUGGAAGAAAGAGCCUUUCCGGUCCACAGGCUUUAUACUGGAUGGUUUCCCCCGUACUGAAGAUGAAGCCAAAUAUUUGUCAGAACGAGGACUCUGUCCUGACGUUUCAGUUUAUAUUCAAGUAGAAGAAACUGACAUUGUCGACCGUCUUUUUCCUCCACGUCUGAAAAAAUGGCAAGACAGACAGUACAAAAAAAUGGAAAAUAAAAAGAAGCUAAAGGACUUGAAAACAAAAAUAAGGAAUGAGAAGAUUGCUAGACGAAGGGAGGAACUUUUAGCAGAACAAAAACAAAAGAAGCAGGAGGCCUUAGCAAGUAACAAGUAUUCUGAAGCCUCUGAGGAGGAAGAUGAGAAUGAAGAUGAAUAUGUUAAAGGUAUACUUGAAAAAGAGUUUGAAGAAGAAGAAGAAGAAGAAGAAGAAGAGGCUGAAGAGGAAGAGGAAACUGAUGCUGCUGACCGCAUACAAAAUGAAAUUACAGAAAAGUUUGAUUCAGAAACAGAGACAUUACAAAGUGUACAGGAAGAACUCGAGAAGUUGUUAAUACCAGAGAUCAAGAUCAGUGGAGGACGGAAGCCUCACAUUGUGUCCUACCAAAUGUACACCAAGCUGAAAGCUCUAAUGGAAAACCGAGGAAGCAUUUUUGAGAAAUGCUACCCAAUAAGUUUGCCACUUGCACAGAAGAUGCUAGUUUUCUCAUAUAAAUUCCCAAGUGCUUUUGGUCAGUGGGAUCCAAUCAAGCUAAGCAAAGGAGAGGUGAUCAGGCCACAGCAAAGCCAUGAGAACAGAGUCUUCCCUGUAAUCCAUCGACAAUAUAUUUAUUUUUUUUCAAGUGAAGAAAAUAAAGAAAUAUUUAUGAACAAUCCCAUCAAAUAUAUUCGUCAGCCAAAACCUAAACCAUCUGUGCCAGUCAAGAUUGCAAUUGUGGGACCUCCAAAAUCUGGAAAGACUACAGUUGCCAAGAAACUUGCAAGUGUGUUUGGGUUACUGCGCCUGAGCCUGGGAGAUGCCCUAAGGCUGGUGAUUAACACCCAGCCCCAGAGUGAGCUGGCACUCACGGUCAAGAUGCACCUUCACAAAGGGCUGACUGUACCUGAUGAAUUGGCCAUCCAGGCUCUCGAUGUGGCUCUGCUAAAUCACGUGUGCAAUACCUCCGGAGUUGUAAUUGAUGGAUAUCCUCUAACAAGAAAACAAGUAAACCUCUUGGAAUCAGCUAAGAUAAUUCCAGUGAAAAUCUUCGAAUUGGAAAUGGAUACAAAGGAAGUGUUCAGAAGAGCACUGCUGGAUAAGGAAAGCACAAAUAGACCUCUCUACCCUGAACACAACAGCUCACAGAUUCUAGCUAUUAAAAAUUCCUGCUAUAAGAAGCACAUUAAGGACAUUAGGACUUACUAUAUGAAGGAACAUCAGAACUGGUGUGUGAUUGAUGCUGUUCAGAGCAGGUGGUGGAUUUGGAACAAAGUUCAGAAGGAAGUUCAAGUGGUUGCUAAAGAAAUCCAGAUAUACCUGGAAAGAAUAAACGAAGGAAAAGCAGCCAGCAUUGCUGAUCUCUGCAUCACCCCCCAAGAGCUGCAGGACCGGCUGGGGGAGACUGGACAGUACUGCCCUGUCAGCCUCGCAGAGAAGGGUGAACUGGUCGACUGCUCUUUGACCUCCUCUCUGCAGUUUGCUGCAGAAUUUCAAGGACAGUAUUACAAAAUGGCUUCACAAGAAGAACUGGAUAAAUUCUUGAGCAGACCAGAGGUUUAUGUGUCAUCGCUGGCAUCUCACCCUCUCCCACCCCCCGACUGGCUACCAAAGAAACUGACUGUGGAAGAAGUGAAGGCUUUACUCCCUGGAAGUGUUGAAAUGCAGGGAUACUGUCCAGUCACUUACCUAGAUGGAAAUCAGAGAUAUGAAGCUUUGGUGCCUGGCAACAUCAAGUAUGCAGCAAAAUAUCGAGAUAAGGUAUAUAUUUUUGAAAGUGAAGAAAAACUUCAGAAGUUUAUGAGGUUACCAGAGAAGUACUGGAAUCUGAAGUCUCCACGUAAACUCCCUCCAAACAAGGAGCCAAUGCUACUAACUGCACUUCCUUUGGCUGGAUACCUGGAACAGGGAGUAGCAACCUCUCUAAUAAAAGCUCUGCAUAAAGUAGGCUGCCUAAAGCCAAAGUUUCCAUUCCUAAGUGUAAAAGACACUGCUCUGCUGUUUGUUGCCUGCCACUUGAAAGCACACAACCCCCGGAGCUCCGAGCCCGUGAGGCAGAUGUACCAGAGGAAGCUGUCGUGGUUCAUGGAGCACUGCCAGCUCAUCCCUGCCCUGGGGGCUGCCGCAGCAGGACCAUACCAGGAGCCAAGGUGUCGGCCCCAAGGCCUCAACAGCAAGCUGCAGGUCUUUCUGUCCCUGAAGGACAUCCGGCCUGGUCUUGUGUAG